UGCAUAACCGAAAGUCAAAAUACAAAUUCACUGCUUUGUUUCCUUCUGUUUCUGUUUCUUUUUCUUUUUGUUAAUUUGCUGUUUUUGAAAUUUCGGUUGGAAUCGAGAAAAAAAUGGAGCCACUGGAUUAUCUCGCCGAGGAGAGGAGCAAGGCGUCGUUCGAUGUAGAAGAGAUGAAGAUCAUUUGGGCAGGUUCUCGUCACGCCUACGACAUGUCCAAUCGAAUGGCUCGUCUCGUCGCUAGUGAUUCGAUCUUUCGGAAGGAUAAUAGAACUAUGCUAAGUAGGAAGGACUUGUUUAAAGAUACUUUGAGAAAAACUGCUCAUGCAGUGAAACGGACAGUUGAGCUUAAUCUUUCUGAAGAAGAGUCAAUGACAUUAUGGUCUUAUGUGGAUCAGCCUGCUUACGCAAACCUUCACCGGGGAAUGUUUAUACCUGCUAUUGAAGGACAAGGAACUGAGGAGCAGAAACGGAAAUGGCUGCCAAUGGCAUAUAAGAUGCAAAUAAUUGGAUGCUAUGCACAAACUGAACUUGGUCAUGGCUCCAAUGUCCAAGGGCUUGAGACUACUGCAACUUUUGAUCCUGAGACUGAUGAAUUUGUCAUUCAUAGCCCCACAUUGACUUCGAGCAAAUGGUGGCCUGGUGGACUGGGUAAAGCAUCCACACAUGCUGUGGUUUAUGCUCGUCUUAGAACGAAUGGGCAAGACUAUGGAGUGCAAGCUUUUAUCAUCCAGCUACGUAGUCUGGAUGACCACUCGCCUCUCCCAGGCAUUACAGUUGGUGAUAUUGGAAUGAAAUUUGGAAGUGGGGCAUAUAACAGCAUGGACAAUGGUUUUCUGAGAUUUGAUCAUGUGCGCAUUCUGAGGAACCAAAUGCUAAUGCGUGUUUCGCAGGUUACAAGAGAAGGCAAAUAUGUGCAAUCUGAUGUUCCACGCCAGCUGCUUUAUGGUACUAUGGUCUCUGUCCGACAAAUAAUUGUGUCUGAAUCUUCUUGUGCUUUAUCAAGGGCAGUUUGCAUUGCAACAAGGUAUAGUGCUGUUCGCAGACAAUUUGGAUCACAGAAUGGUGGUCCAGAGACCCAGGUGAUUAACUAUAAAACUCAGCAAAGUAGACUCUUUCCUUUGCUUGCUUCUGCCUAUGCUUUCAGAUUUGCUGGUGAAUGGCUGAAAUGGCUAUACACUGAUGUGACCAAGAGAUUGAAAGCCAAUGAUUUCUCAACAUUACCUGAGGUUCAUGCAUGUACUGCAGGGUUAAAAUCUAUUACCACUUCUGCAACUGCGGAUGCCAUUGAAGAAUGCCGGAAGUUGUGCGGUGGUCAUGGUUAUCUUUCUUGCAGUGGGCUUCCUGAGUUAUUUGCAGUUUAUAUCCCUAACUGUACUUUUGAAGGAGACAAUAUUGUGCUGCUUUUGCAGGUUGCAAGGAUUCUAAUGAAGACUGUUGCCCAGCUAGCGUCUGGAAAGAAGCCUGUUGGGACAACGGCAUACCUCGGACGAGUAGAGCACCUAAUGCAAUGCCAUUGUGAAGUUCGAAGGGCUGAGGAUUGGCUGAAACCUAGUGUUAUAUUGGAGGCAUUUGAAGUGAGAGCUGCUCGGAUGUCUGUUUCCUGUGCUCAAACCCUUAGCGGAUUUUCAAAUCCAGAAGAUGGUUUUGCUGAUAUCUCAUCUGAUUUGGUUGAGGCUGCUGUUGCUCACUGUCAGUUAAUUAUCGUUUCCAAGUUCAUAGAGAAACUGCAACAAGAAAUACCAGGAAAAGGAGUGAAAACACAGUUGGAGAACCUCUGCAAUGUAUAUGCCUUGUCUCUUUUACACAAACAUCUCGGUGAUUUCCUCUCCACUGGCUGCAUCUCCCCGGAGCAAGGUGCACUAGCAAACGAACAGCUCAGAUUACUCUACUCCCUGGUCCGUCCGAAUGCGGUUUCCCUUGUCGAUGCAUUCAAUCACACUGACCACUACCUUGGCUCGGUUCUGGGUCGGUUUGAUGGAAAUGUGUACCAAAAACUCUAUGACGAAGCAUGGAAGAGUCCAUUGAACGAUACAUAUGUGCCGGAUGGUUACCAUGAGUAUAUUCGACCACUUUUGAAGCAACAAAUCCAUACUGCAAGACUCUGAAUGAAAACAGUUAAUUACCCUUCAGUUGGUCGAAUGUUUGAACCGUAUGAUAGAAAAAGGUCAGCUUAACUUGCCUUUGUUAGCUGUCUAUCUUCUCUGAAUAGAUCAUGGCUCUUAUUUAUUGUUAUUUGGGGACUUAAACGUCUUGAAGACACCCUUGACAGUUUUUUUUUUUGAGGAAGGACACCCUUGACAGUUGAUUCUUAUGUAAUGGGAAAAAAUUAAGGGUGAUAUGCUCGUAUCGAUGUGUUCUAUGUAUUCUGUAAUGGAUGGGGUUACACACGGAUAAAGGAAGUAUCUGAACAAAUCGAUCCAAGAAUUGGUAACGUGUCUUUAUAUUGUAUAUAAAUUAUAGAUUUAAUUUAUA